GGGGCAACCAGCACCUGAGAACCAGCUGCACAUAUUCAACCUUGUAGAGAGUCAAGGCCCUCGGGGAGACAGAUUCUUUCCCCAAACUGAUUCUCCCUGGUUUGGGCAGCAUACCUAGGAUGUCGGCUUCUCUUGAGUUUAUCUUCCAGGAAUGGAAGCAAGCAAAAAGAACCAGGAGCUCCUCAGCAUGACAGGACUCUUGCACAGCUGUCCGCUCUGAGAAUAAUCUACCCCACCUUGUCUCACACGCCCCACUGCUGGAAAUCAUGCCGUGAAACCCCUUUCCUAGAGUGUCUAAUCGUUCCAUCCUUGCCAUCAAACAGCCCAUGUGCUUUCCUCCUUUGACCUGGAAUGUUCCUGAGUCACUGGGAGUCAAUCCUGCUCUUGGACUCCUAUGACUCUUCCCGCUACCAUCCUCAUCUGUGAUCACUUCCAGCAAGUAAAAUCCAGAACUUCAGUCAUGCAGCUAGCAAUCCACAGCAAGGAAAGUACUUGUAGAAUUAAAAACAUUUCUUAGAAUUAAUAUUCUAAAGACAAAAUUUAAAGCAAAUCUGAAGCAUAAUGUGGAAUAUUUACAUUCCCUUUUCAGUAGGUCAAGAGGACUGAACAAAGGAAGAAUUCUAUCAUAGCAAGAAUAGGGGAGUGCAUGGGGAUAAUAAUCUAUAACACUUUCUGUGUGGUUUUCAAGUAGGCUUUGACCUUCUGUUGGAGUAUUCUGGAAAGUUUCAACAACUGAAAUGUAAACAUGGAUAUUAUGGAGAUGAAAACCCAUGCUAGCAACUCCUCAAGCUUCCCAGCUGCUGCACCGCCCCCCAGAUAGCAUGCUGCUUUGCCUUCUUUCCAGUUCCCGAGGUGAGGCACUCUUCCAAGCAGGCCUUUGGCACACUUGCCCAGCUGGCGAUGUCAUGUAGUAGACAGAGCAUGGACCUCGGAGUGUGACAUGCUCAGGUUUGAAAACUGGCUCUCCCUGUCACUAGCUGUGUGACCUCAGGAAAUGACUUAACCUCUCUGUGCCUCACUAACCUCAUUUGUAAAACAAGAUGCCUUGCAGAACCAUCAUAAGGAGUCAGGGAGAGGACAAAUAUUUAUGCAUAUGUGUGUGUGUGUACCGAUAAUAUCUGCCGUAUAAUGGAUUCCUACUUAGAAAAUGAGGAGUAAUUAGUCAUUAGUGAUUAUCAUUUCCCUCCAGGGAAAAGCCACGGGAAUAAGUAAAGAAGAAAUAUUCAACUGUUUGUUUCUCUAAUACCUGCUUUGAUUGGUUAAGCGAACAAGACCACGAAGGCAGAUCAAGAAUCAGUGUUGAAAUCCCCUCCGGGAUAAAUACAUGUAUUAUAGACGUAAACUUUGUGGCAGAUAAGCAUCUAUGAUGUCACUCAACCAACUCCAGUAAAGAGCAUUCAUGGCCUCAUUUAAUUAACCAUUAGAACAUUCUUCUUUAUCUUGAGCCCAAACUCUACCUCACAGUGGCCUCCACGCCUGGUCCAGGCCCGAGGAUUUAAUCACAGGUGUACACGGAACAUUUGCGAGGGUUUGCAGACAGGACCAUCUGCGAGCGUUUGCAGACAGGACCCUCGCUCUGACAUUUAUCAUCUCUAAGGCAUGAAGCAAGUCAUGCGGAUAUUCGGGGAGGUUCCACCGGUAUCUGUAAAAGAGGUCUCUUCUCAAGAGUAAGGGGUGUUACCUAACCCACGAAAUCCUGCUCCCUCUCCAAUCCUCAUUGAGGGGUCUCUGCAUGUAAUACCUAGCCGAGAGUCUGACACAGUAAGCACCCCACUGAGAGCUGGUGAAAACAUCAAUGAGCCAAUAAAUAGCAACCGGUGGAAGGAUCAAACAAGCUCAAUACCUGGCAUGUGGCCAGUGGCCAGUAAGUGCUGGCAAUUACUUUUACCAUGUGCUAAUGCCUAGAUGUAUACCUUUUAUGAUCUCGACGUUUCUUAAAUCAGGACAUGUCUUAAAAGUGACUUGUACAUUAAAUCGAGUGGUGUUUCUCCCUGCCACCCUCCACCCAAAAAGUAAAUAUUAAAUCAGUGGUGCAGGAUACUCAGUGGCAUCUUAGAAACAAGGAGAAAUGCUUAGAAACAAGGAAAUGCUAUAUUGUAGAAUUGCUACAGAUGUUCUAAAUCUGCAAUAAAAAGACCUGUGAUGGGUAGAAGCUCAGGAAAUGAGGGCUGUAUCCCCAUAUAUUUGCCAAAGAGAAAUAAUCACAUCGACCUCACAGGACCGCAAUGAGAAUUAAGCUACAAAAUAAGUCACAGAGAUGAAGAGCCACAGUAUAGGCAACACAAUAAUAUUGUAAUAACUUUCUAUGGGGACAGAUGGUCAUGACACUUAUUGUGAUGAGCACAGAGCAAUGCAUAGAAUUGUCGCAUCAAAGUUGUGCACGUAAAAAUAUACAAUAUUGUAUGCCAAUUAUUCUUUAAUAAUUAAAAAAAUAAACAAACCAGAGAGCUAACAGAGCCACCUUUAAAAAAAAAUAAUAAUGAAGUUUUAUUGGAACACAGCCACGCUUUCAUUUCCUUAUGGUCCAGCACUGUUUUUAUGCUACACAGUGCAGUUGAAUAGCUGUAACGGGGACCACCCGGGGUGCAACGCUGAAAAUAUUCACUACUUGGCCUUUUACAGAAAGGUUGUUGUUUUGGUUUGGUUUUUUUCCUUUUACAGAAAGUUUAGCAGUCCUUGUGAUAAAGUCUGAGGAAGGAUGGGGCCGGGGCACUGUCUCCAUAUUCCCCACUGUCACCCGAGGAAAAAGCCACAUAAGUCACGGAUGCAGAUGCCCUCGGGGACACAGCCAGGCUGCAGUCCUGCCAGGAAGCACGGCAGACAGCCAUCCAGCACCAACCCACAGGCUGUGAGCAGCUUUGAGGUGGAGACUACAGCUUCUUCAUUUUAUAUCUCCAGCACCUGCACACAGUAGGUGUUUGGCAGGAGGAUGACAGCAUCAAUUUGUAUUUUAGAAAAAACCAUUCUGAUGAUCUGGGUGGAGACAGGCUGGAAAAGAAGGCAACUAGAGGCAGGAAGCAAAGCUCAGGAGGUGACCACACCAUGCGGCCAUUCUGAACCCCUGAGAGCAGUGGCCAGCGCUACCGCCGCCCACGACACCCAGCCAGGGCCACAGCUGCACACCCGCACGUAGCGGCAGACACGAAGGCCUACGCGGCAGCUGGCGUACCCCCAAAAGCCGGCGUGGGACAGAUGCCCUGUCUCUGCAGGAUGGCCGGGACGGGGAACCUGGGAGCUUCUGGAGGCUGCAAAUGCCCAAGGUCUCCAGGACGGAAACCUCUAUGCAAUCGGAAUCUGCUCUCCUUGGGGCAUGGACGCGUGUCACUGUGUGCCUUUCACCUCAAUUAAGAAACUAAUACUGCGAGGAAACCAGAGUCCAUGGACCGUGGGUAGUGGGAUACCACUAGGCGAGGAGAAGGAGAGGGCCAGGUGCACGUGGGCACGUGCUCCGUGGCCCACCCGGGACAACCAGCGCAGCGGGAAGCAGGGGAAGGGGCCCGGCCCUGGCGUGCGCAGUCGGGAGGACGCGUGGCGCGGGCCGGGCCGGGGGCCGCAGACGGCCUUCAGAAGGCCCGAGGCCUUGCCACUCCCGGCCUGCUCUAGCGGAACCCGGGGCGGGCGUUGCCUAGAAACGCAUCAUUGUCCUUGGGUUCUUAGCCUUGCGCAGGCAUCAGUUCUGGGACACUUGGCGGGGUAGUCCGACCGGGCUGGACGCUUUUUGCGAAGUGGACCAGAUCGGUUCUAUGACCCGCACAAAUGCUUUCCUGGACCCGUGGCCUGGGCUCUGUCCUAGGCCGUUUCCGAGGGCAAGCGGACGGCAGUGAGACUUCCAUCACCGGCCACAGCUUCAGUGUCACCAGAGAUGUGCCGACGAAGGGAAGGGAAAAGGUGGACGAGGUACCUGACUCUGGGAGAAAGGAGGACGAGGUGAGUCGGGUGACCUUAACAUCACAGAAUGAGAGACUUAAAACUCUGUGUAGUGAUCCAGCAGAGAAGUAUGAAGCUUCAGAGCUUCAACUAAAGCAGCAGAGUGCUGGCUACCGACAUCAGCUCCAAAAGAACCAGGUACAAAUAGCACUGCUUAGCGAAAAACCACAAGGGACCGAGGAGGAAUUGCUGGGGCCGCGGUCAGCCGCUCCGAGGGUAAACUCUGCAGCUGGUGGCCAACUGUCAGCCAUGGAAUCUCAUUCCCCCAGUUUCGAUUUCGGUCAUCACGCUUCACCUUUCCACGGUGACGCCGUGGACUUUGCUGAUGUGAUCUGGUCACAGCAAGAAAUAAACAGAUUGUCAAGUCAAGUCUUAAGACUUGAGGCCGAAGUCAGUCAUUGGAAACGUCUUUCCCAGGCUUCGGUGCAGGGAACGAAUAGCCUAGAGCCACUCAAAAUCCGCAACCUGCAGAGUACCAUCAGGGAACUGGAGCAGAAGCGAAGCAAGGAAAUUGAGGAUCACCAACUCGAAAUGGCAGUACUGCAGAACGUCCACCGGCAGAAGCUCGCAGACGUCAUCCGCAGGUACCGCGGAAAACUGAACGGCCUUGAGGAAAAGGUUGAAGAACUGCAAAGCCUGUUACAGAAGGACACCUGUGCAAUCAGAGUAGCCGAUGACCCUCCGAUUGAGCACCUGCAGAAAACCAUUCAAGUUCUACAAACUGAAAAAGCAGAGUCUGCCAGGAAAAUGGAAGAACUGGAAGAAAGAAUACAAUCCCUAAGUGACCAACUAUCUUCUGCAGAAAGUGAAAGAGACGUUUUGAGGAGAGAACAGGACCAGACACCUGAAGGAAGGACAGACAAGAUCGAGGAGUACGAACUGCAGCCUUCCGUUUCAAAGAGACGUGAUGCAGGAGUCACGCAGGAGAGCGCUCUUUCAGGGUGUACACCAGUGGAAGAAGGGUUCGGACUGCAGGAAGCACUGUCCCACGCCGGAAAGGGAACGGUGAGACUGUGUGGCGCCGACCAGGGCAACAACGAUCUCACGCAAGACGCUCUGAAACUUCCAGAGCGAGUCCACAUUGUGGGGCAAGAGAAUUCAUCGUUAAGCCGAGGAAAGGAAGAACUUGGACCGCCGCUUCCUAAAGUGAACGAGGAACAAGAGGCCACUGAACGCACAGCUCCGGGAGACAUCGCCUCGCAUUCAGAAGUACAUCCGUUAAGACGAGACUCGGAGGCCAACGAUCUAAACUUCAAUCAGAGGACAACGGAGGAGGAAUCCCUGGUAGCCGCGUCAGGGGAACCGUACGGACACGACGGGACCACACUGCCGGGGCUUCGAUGGAAGGCCAGCUACCACAACAAGAAAAUGAAGGCAGUAGCAUCACCAUUAAACUAA